UUUUUUAAUUGAAAAGUCCUUUUACUUUCAAAAAUUCUGAAUCUCCUUUUUGAAAUGUAGAACAAGAGACAAAGAACACAUCACAACCUUAACCUUUUCCCUCCACUUUCUUUCUGUCUCUUCUUCUCAUUGCUAUUGCUAUGCCACUUUUUGACUUCUUCAAUUUUUAUUCUAUUUGCACCCUUUUGUUUUUCUUACACCCCCUAAAAAAAUUCAUCUCAAAAACCCCCUUUUUUACCAUGAAAGUUUGGAUUUUUAGCAAGUUUUUGUGAUCUUCUCCUUCUUCCCUUUAAUGGGUUUGAUCUUCUUUAGGUAAAUUCUGUUUUUUUAGAAAGUUUCACUUUUGGGCUGUUGCAGAAGGAAAAUUUGGUGAAAGUAGUAGCUAACUAGCUAUGGUUGCUGAAGCUUGGAUUUUGAAGAUGGGUAACCAAGUAAGUGCAAAUAUUAAACAAGCCCUUUUGCUUGAAACUUCUUCUACUAGUAGAAAACAUGGUCCUAAAAGGAAAGAGAAUAAGAAAGUAGAAACUAUAGGUAUUCUUUCUUUUGAAGUAGCUAAUGUAAUGUCCAAAACCAUUCAACUUUAUAAAUCAUUGUCUGAAUCUGAGAUAACAAAGUUAAGGAAUGAGAUCUUGAACUCAGAGGGUGUUAGGAACUUGGUUUCUUCAGAAGAGGGUUAUUUAUUCGAGCUUGUUCGACGUGAGAAGCUCGAGGAAUUGAACCGUGUUGCUGGUGUGGUUUCUAGGUUAGGGAAGAAGUGUUCUGUGCCUGCUUUGCAAGGGUUUGAGCAUGUCUAUGGUGAUAUUGUUAGUGGUGUUAUAGAUGUGAAUGAAUUGGGGUUUUUAGUUAAGCAUAUGGAAGGAAUGGUGAGGAAAAUGGAUAGGUAUGUGAGUGCUACUAGGAGUUUGUAUAGUAAAAUGGGGGGUUUGAAUGAGUUGGAGCAAACAGUGAAGAAGUUUCAGAAUAAUAGUCAGAAUGAGGAGAGUAGAAGGGGGUUUGAGCAGAGGCUUGUAUGGCAGAAGCAAGAUGUGAGGCAGCUUAAGGAGAUUUCACUUUGGAAUCAGACUUUUGAUAAGGUUGUUGAGUUGUUGGCCAGGACAGUUUGUACCUUGUAUGCAAGAAUCUGCAUGGUCUUUGGUGAUUCUACUGUGAGGAAGGAUGGCCUUGGGAUUGGUAACUGUGAAGGUUCGCCACUCGUGCAAAAUGAAUGUGGUUCGGCGUCUAGCUUGAUUAAUGUUGAGGUGAAUUUGUCGGAGAAGUUGAAACGCAGUCAUAGCAAGAAAACUGGUUACAAUUUGAGUUCAAUUGGGGGAAAUGGUAGUAGUAGGUCUCAUAUAGAUAUGAAGAGAGGUGAGUUAGCAUAUGUUCAACUUGAAGAUUUUGGUUUUCCUUGUGGAACAAGUCCUGGGAGACUUUUCAUGGAAUGUCUGAGUUUAAGUAGCUCAGUUUCAAAAUUCGACGAUUUCGAUGAUGUUGCUAUCGAUCGCGAGGACCAUUACAGUUGUGUAUCAAGCUCUCAAAGUCCUAUUGGGAUUGGAAAUAUUGUCAAGAAAAAGGAGCACUUAUGCUCAACCUUUGGUGCAAAUAGUGGAUUAGCUGUUGUUUAUGCUCCUCCUUCAACUCUUGGAGGAUGUGCACUUGCAUUGCAUUAUGCUAAUAUCAUUAUUGUCAUUGAGAAAGUACUUAGCUUUCCACAUUUAAUUGGUGAGGAAGCUAGAGAUGAUCUAUAUAAGAUGCUGCCAACUAGCUUAAGGUUAUCUUUGAAGGCCAAACUUAAGACAUAUGUCAAGAAUUUGGCCAUAUAUGAUGCCCCUCUUGCACAUGACUGGAAGGCGACUCUUGACGGGAUACUUCGGUGGCUUGCUCCGCUUGCUCAUAAUAUGAUGAAAUGGCAAAGUGAGAGGAAUUUUGAGCAACGUGGAAUAGUUAGCAGGACGAAUGUGCUACUAUUUCAGACAUUAUACUUUGCUGAUAAGAUAAAGACAGAGGAAGCUAUAUGUGAACUUCUUAAAGGAUUGAACUAUAUAUGUCGUUAUGAACAACAACAAAACGCAUUACUGGGUUGUGCAAGCAGUUUCAAUUUGGAAGAUUGCAUGAAAUGGAAAUUGCAGUGCGGUGAUUCGUUACUCGAUUGAACUCAUUCUAGAUAUUGUAAUCCUCAGUGUGGUGAGCAUUUCCUUAAUUUAUCGUACCAUUCAAAAGUAUCAUUUUGACACCACAGUGGAUUAGUUUGUACAUUAAUCGAGGAUUAAUUUUGUUGAAUGUUUGAAAAGCGUAGUAGCAUUUUGGUUGCAAUUUGGUUUAUAAAAAUAUAUAAGCUAUAUUUUUUAUAAAA